AUGGCGAGACCUCAAGAUAAGAUUUUGGCCGGAUUCUAUGGCCUCCCUAAGGUGCACAAAGAGGGCGCUCCUCUCCGAGCCAUCAUGUCGCUCUUCGGUACUCCAACGCACGGACUGAAUAAGUGGCCGUUCUGGCGUCUCAAGUUUCUGACUGCUGAGUCGGUCACCACGGUCUCUUCGUCUGAAAAAUUCCUGGAGAAACGUAAAGGGGUAAACCUCCCUCCAAAUGAGAUCAUUGUACCUUUGGAUGUUACAUCCCUUUCUACUUCUAUUCCCCAGGACCUGGUGAUUGAGACAAUCGAGCUACUUCUAAAAAGCAAAUACAAUGAAACGGAGAAUCGUCUUGGACACGCCCAAGUCCUUCAACUCCUGAAGUUUUGUCUCAGGACGUACUUCACGUUCGACGGGACAAUCUACGAACGGGGAAAUGCCAACCAAUGGGUCCGCCGAUUCCGGGACCCAUCGUCGAGGCGAUCCUGCAACGGUUAGUGUCAUAGGUCUUCCAAAACUGCAGACCGAAGUUCUGGUUCCGGUAUAUGGAUGACAACUUUAGAGUUAUCGACCGGGAUCAAUUACAGACAUUCAAAGAACUUCUCAACGUUGUCCUCCCAGACGUCCCCUUUACGAUGGAGGAGGAAGAGAACAACCAGCUGGUCUUUCUGGAUGUCCUCGUUUGCCGCGAAGACUGCGGUGUCCUAAAGACCAAAAUGCUCAGAAAAGCGACAAUUACGAAGCAAGUCCCGAAUUUCAACGGCAACCAGCCAGAAACGCAGUUGUGUAAGGCCGCUUUAUCGGCGUGUCGAAACGCACUGCAGUGAGCCGGAAGACAAGAUUGUCGAACUAAAAUACCUCCGACAGGUCUUCAAAGCCAAAGGCUUACCGCGCAACUUCGUCAACCGGUGCAUACGCAAACUGAACAAGGGCCAAGCCGCAUGGUCACCAAAUUUUUGUGAGCUCCUCCGUACGACAAGAACGUUUUGAUGGUCGUCGGCCGCCUUCCCGCACCACUUGGGUUGGAGUUACACACAGGCCGGAGGCGACUAUCAGGCGUCGGAUAAUGACACUGAAAGGCCCACUGCCACUGCAAGAAACGUCUGGAGUCGGUUAUCAUAGCUGAUGCAGUUGCUAACAAAGCCACUACGUCGGUGAAACCAAGAGACUAUCCCGAACACGAAUGGCGGAACACGCAGCAGCAGUGCGGAGAAAGGACGCCAGCUCCCAAGUUGCGGCUGACUCGACUUAAUCCGGACACGCAUUUAAUUCCAACGAGACCGAAAUUCUCGCUAGAGGUGACAACCGCGUGAGCCGCGAGCUGCCUGAGUCAAGGUUUUUUGACCCCUAGUCUAUUAACAAGUGCAGUGAUCUUCCCCUUUCAUUUUCGGUGUUGAGACAUCGCCUAGGGGAGUAAUUAGCCACGCGGAAAGCGCACAGGUGAACACUGUUACUAACGCCAGGGUCGGCGGGUCAGAUGGUCGAGCCAUCACCAUUCUGACCUUCAACACUCGUAGUGAAAUUGCAGCAAUUAACGACACCAAUUUCGGCCAUCGAACAGUCAUUGCACCAAGUGCGACGAUCCCGGAUGAAGGGGGGAGCUGUGAAUGUUCAUAGGUAUGCGGUAGCAUGGCAACUGCAUCCUAUAAAUACCGCAGCCCCUUGUGAAUGAACCACCCGUAUCUGCCAUUGUCUCCGACGAUGGAAUCGAGCAGGAAUCCGAAACAUCAAGCAAAUAAGGCCCUUGUUCCAGAGAACCUGUCUCCUUCGUACUUUAUACUUAUUUAUUUGCAUUCCGUCCAUUUUUUCGGUCAUUAAUUCAUAGCAAUUCUUUGGAAGCCAUAAUAUACUAGGUAGCACAUGGUUUUAUUCAUCAUACUGCCAGGGUUUGAACGCCCUAAUUGACAAUCAUUUCUUGACGGCCAGUGCCAGCACGGCGUUAUAAUUAUUAUAAGGCGCAUGCUGGGACGUUGAAUAAAUUAGACAAAAAACUGUAAAGCCCUUAAUGCUCGUCGGAAUUGUCUACACUGUCAGACAUGCCUGUAAAACAGUUAAGCACAGGAUUUUAUAUCCGGAAACACAUACUGACCUAUCGCAGAUUAGAACUUAAGACCGAAUGAUGCUUUAGAUGAUAAAGAGAGUGAUAACGAAGGCACGAUAUCGAUGGGGAUAAUGUGACGUACUUCAGCAACAAGUCCGAUUCUGUCGUAGGAGGACGCUUACCGAUCGUUUCUACGGAACUCACUCGUCCCGUUGUGCCUUACGGGCUCUCUCUCGAGCCCAACCAGCAGCCGCACAGCAGCGCAUGAUAUGGGCAGAAUGACAUUACUGAUAAAAACAAGGGAGACUGAAAUGGUCAUUUCUGGCUUAUUAGCUUAUGUCAGCCAGGCAUACCCAGCCCCGAAGUGUGGAACACCUGGGGCUUGAACUCACGAACGGUUGGUUAGAAGUUCAACGCCUCUAACCACUGAGCCACGAGCUCGUUGUCUUGUAGUUUGCAGUCGGAAAUAUACAAUGGUAGGGGGCACAAUGAGACGAGUGAAUUCUGUAGAAACGAUCGGUGAGCGCCCUCUACCACUGCAUAUUGCCGAAUUCAUCAUCGGAUCACAUUGAGCGAACAGCAAUUGUGUGGUUGGUGCCAUUUCUCCUCUCCACCGGUUCAUGUGUGACUCUCCACCUUUGACAGAGACCUCUCGUCUUUCUGACGUACUUGACUUCCCUGUAUCUGCAGCGAAUAUCGCAAAGCGUCCCAUCCUGACACGAUUCAUUAGUAGGGGACGGGUGUUCGUCUUAAGAUCGUUUGCAACCCUCACACCGAUGGCAUGCUAACACGAUCGACAGCUACUCCAGGUUGGUGAUUAAUUUCCGAGGAAAUUAAAAGCAACAGUUUUUACGACGUUCUCAUUCCAUAGGCAAAUUUAUGGAAACUUGGGCCUACUGGGGUCUGACCUCUCGUCACGUUUCUACAUGUACCAGUCAACUAGAAUGUUGUAAACCCCUGUCAAUGCAUUGAAAUUAGGCAAUCAGUUGUUUGGACUCUACGAACAUCGGCGCAAGCUUCAGGCGACUGAUUUUUCAAAACAGCGUACCUAGGUCAGUGACAAUUAAUUAAAUCAGGAAGGCUUCAGAAUUGCGAGUUACCGAAGCAGAAUCACCUUUUUAGAUCACAACAGAAAACUCCGAAUGCUGGAUACGACCUUCUGACAUGUUGGUAAAUCUAUCUAUUGUGCGCACAAGAACCUGUAAUCGGCCCGCAACACUGUCAGGCCUCAGUUUCCUUUGAAAUGCUUCGUGUAGAUUGUCACCACAACACCGGUUCUUUGAAAUGGCGGCUUUCACAUGCAGAAAAGGCACGCCCGUGCGUAAAUAUCUACCCCUAGUCAGUCACAAAGUGCACACACUUUCCUCCUUCUCCUAAAAUCCACCUUUCGCGUCGCACAGAAGCCGCAUACAGGAAUGUAAAUAUUAGGUUGCUUGGAAAAUACUCGCCGAAUUCAGCAACUAACAUCUUUUUCCUGAAAACUUUAACACUGCAUACGUCAGCAUUAGUCGAAAUAUGGUCUUUGUAAGCUUACGCGUCUGAGACAUCGAUGAAAAAGAGUAUUUCUGGUUAGAUGGUAGUUGGUAGCCCUCCCGGUGCCGAAAACUCCCAACUACCUGUCUUACGGAACCAGUGGUAAUAGGGGUUGAACGGGUGGGGCAAAUGAGUGGAGGCGUAAAUGGCGCUGGUAGUGUGCGCCUGGAAAUGACGCUUCUGCUAAAGUGAAAGCCUAAUUUAAAUAAGGUGAAAAGUGCAAGAUGGGUAUGGAAAUGAGCAUGGUUAAUUAGAACCGUAUGCGAAAUAAAUGCAGCCUUACCCCAGAUUGGAAAGAAUAGCAAUUGAAGGUGAACGACCAAUGGGAAGAAGGCAGUGUGUCUUAAGGUCAUUCCGCAGUAUGUGCGAUAGUAUUCAAACAGACAGAAUGGACAUUAGAACACGAGAAUAAAGCAGCGACACGCAGGACGGCAUAACGCAAGCGGGGUAAGACUUUAAUGCCAAGAAUAUGUUUGGGCGGAAGAGAAGAUCCAGAAAUAAUAGUUUAUAGCCACUGUGGACACAUUUAGGAUUAAAACUAUGGCAGUAGUUUUGUGUUAUACGUGGGUGGAGUAUCGGUAGACACCCUAUUUGCGCGACGGUUGUCCUUGUCGUACACGAUCACGCCGCACUCUGCAGAAGGUCUGGAGUAAAAAGACCUAAGGACGCAGGCAAACCGACAAAUCGGAGACCCGCGCCAAUCCGCCUAGGAUAGUAAUGAGAAGCAUGAUGAAUCAUAAUGCGCCUAGGAUAAAUCUUUCGCCUUUUACUAAAGAUUUACGUGUGGGGAGUGCAAUACGAUGAAUCUAUAUAAGCAUUUUUGCAGCGCCACGUUCUCGGGGCGGUUAAAGUGAACAAGAAAUUCACCCUGACAGGGCUUCUGCGCGUGCACUCCCAAACAUAAUAAGAACGUAAUCACAGCUACUGAAAUCGUAGUGCCUUAAACUGGAAGUGCAGGAAAGGAUCGCUAACUCGCAGGGCUACCAACUACCAUCCCGCAGUAUUUCUAAUUCGUCGACAAAAAUUAACUGGUUAUGAUGUUAAAAACUCCCAGAAUCCAGCUUACACCUCCGUUUUGUUGCAUGAGAAAGUGUCUAGAUGCUUGAAACAUGGUAGCCUGCGUGUCAUCGAGUUUUUGCAGUGUCAUCCCGGUAACAUGAAUGGCUGCAAUGGGAAGUCACCACCCUUAACCCGUAAGCAUUUAGGGAAAACCCAGACGUAACCGCAACCUUAAGCCUAGGUCUUAACUGCGUAAGCCAAAGCCAAAAACCUUAGCCCAAACUUCCUACCCAUCAUUAUAAACCCAAAUCUUUACCUCAACCGCAAAUGCAGACUACAACCUAGGCCUGUAAACCUUAGUCCUAGAAAUUUUGGUGGUUAAAGAUGUGAGAUCUGCUUAAACCACACACGAUAAUCUCGUUUCGUCUUAUGUCCGACGUCAGGGGGCUGUGAGGACAGGUUUAUUCUGUACACGGGGCAGGUUGCCGUGAGUUGGCUGUUUGACUAUGACAGAGAUAGGCGUCCGUUUACGGAGAGCGUCAGUCGCGGUCUCAUAUACCCGGCCCGUGUUACCAAUCAACGAAAGAAGUUGCAUCGCUUGGCUUCGAGAGCACGUGAGGGUAGUGGCAAACCUUGCAUGGUGCAGGCAGAGAAUCGAUCAGGAGUGCCGUGUGGACGGGAUUGCAGCGAGACAGAUCGAGGGUUAGUGUGUGCAGCCGUUGCGCGUAUGCAGUCGAACGAGGAGGCACAGAAACGGCUGCUAUAAAAUAACCCAAGUCCUAAUACUAACCCUAACUCCCACCGUAUCCUUAACCCUAAUCUUCAGCCCGAUCCGAGCAACCUUAACGUCAAUAACUCUAGUGAAAAUCAAAUGCCGCGCUCCGUAUGACUCAUUUGCCGACCUUUUUUCAGACAAACCGUUAUGAACUAGAGAAUGGUGUUGUCACCAAAGACAGUGGAGACUGAAAUGACCAUUGCUGGUUUAUUAGGCGUCGACUGCCAACCGUACGCAACUCCGCGGGGCUCGAUUCCACGACCUGUUGGUUAGAAGUCCAACAUAUUAACCGCUGAACCACGGGAUCGUGGUAGGGUCGGUUGCAAUCAGGUAUAUACAAUGUGGGGGACGCUCACCGAUCGUUUGCGGGACUUACUCGUCCCGUUAUGCCUUGAAGCCGCAUCACACCUACCCAGGAAAGAUAAGAUGAUAAUUUUUUUGAAAAACCCACCAUGGGAUCACAUUCCCUAACCCUGCAUACUGUCAAAAUGAAAUGUCGUUCAACAUAGUAGUGAAUUUCAAGACAAAUGUUUAAAAGCUUGUUUGUUGUUGGGAGUCGAGUUGAAACCAUUGCAUAUGGAGCCAUAACGAAGGGAAAUCAGUUAACAGAAUGAAUUUGCUGACAAACAUUUGGCAUUUUUAAAAAUACCCUGGUUAAAUGACGAUGGCCAGUUUCCUCUACUUUAACCCCAAGCCUGAACAGUUUUGCAGUCUGCACUGUCAAUAUGGGUGUAGUCUGUCGCCCUCUUAAUCGCAUAACUGACAAAAUUCUUACUUUAUCCUUAUAUGCACAAUCAGCUGCCUCCUUCCUUUAAAGUGAUGUUAAGGAAGGAUCAGAAGGAUCUGAAUGCAUUUCCAGGGUGUUUCUUCGCAAUAUAUGCUCGCUUUGAUUUUUUUGCCCCUUUUGGCUAACUGAUUAAAUCUCGAUUACCAAGUAAUCACUAUUUUAUUGGGAUGUAGGCCUCAAAUCAUUCACUAUUAUCCGCGCACGUUUCGACAUACUGUUUAAAAUUUUAAAAAAGGUGUACUAAGGGUUUGUUCAGCGUGAGGUGGUUGAUUUUUAAGCUGUUGUUUGAUGUACGUUGCUUAACAAUCAUCAGUCCCAUUUCGUCGCAUACGCUUUCUUUGAAUGUACUCUCAAAGAAAAACAGUCCCAUCAUAUGGGAUUAUUCCAUGUCCAUUUUUUAUUUAACGUUUCAUUGCCAGACUGCUAGCUGUUCGCUUUGUCAACUUAUCUAUUCAAGAGAGAAAAUUCAGUGUGAUGUGAAGGCUAUUUAUACUUUGUGAUUUCCCAAAUAUGUCGACCUGCUAAAAAAUUGUCUUAAAUCCAAAAUAGGAUCCGUAUAGAGUCUGAUUUGAAUGCCUACGCAGACAUCAUGUAGGAGGCUGCAUAAGCGAUCGCUAAUUGGAAAACCUUCACCCAGUAUGCACACCCAUCCCGCGCUCGUAUGCUCCACCGAAGAUCCAUAAGAACGGUCCAACAAUCCGUCCAGUCUUGGACAUGUGAGGCUCUGCUGAUAGAAGCGAACAAGCGAGUUCCAGGUAGCAGUUUAGAAGAUGAAGAUGCGAUCACUGGACUAAGAAAUUUAUUGGCCUGACGUUUCGGAUUCUCACUCGAAUCCAUCAUCAGAGACGUUCGCAGAUAAAGGUGAUGGUGGCAUCAGGAGUGCAGUAUUUAUAGCACCUGGCUGCCAUGGGACCGUAUGCGCACUGCAACUAGCAGUGCGCAUACGGUCCCACCGCAUCAAAAAAGGUGAAUGAGGAGGCAAUUAGGCGGACGUACUUUAGAACCAAAGUGAUUAGGCGUGAUUUUGACAGAAGACACGAUAUGAGACAUCUUAGGUUUCAAAAAGGGAUGUUAAUGUGAUGAUUUUAAACGGGUGGCAGAUGGGUAGUGGGAGGUUUUAAGAAAAAUUGUGGAACGCUAUCAGAUCUGGUAACUGUUGAACCAUGGGGGAGGCGUUGAACCCUAACGCUCCAACAGUCCCACAAAAACCAACUUUGAAAAACACCUCCAUUCUAACCCUAAUAACUUUAGGCAGAGCGAUAAAGUCAUGUUAGGUUUAACAAUGGCAGAUUUGGGCAGAAGUCGCAUCUCGCAAAUUUCAUUUAUAAGGGACAACAGAUAGUUAGAGAAUUUUGAAAGUUUUGUAGGAAGCAAUCAGUUAGGCUACCCAGGUCCCAAGUGAAGGCGUAAUGUGGGCAUUGUAAGUGAUGUAAGCCAAAGGAGGAUUCUGAAAUCGUUAGUGGAAAAGUAGCCGAAGCUAAAAGGGAAAAGAUAUAUCUAAUGCUUUGGUUCAGAGUUAGGGUUGGUUUUACGGUUUGCGUAAGUGUCAGGCCGAGAAUUGGGUUUUUGAUAAGGCAGUACAUAAAGGGGAGCAUAUAAAUUGUGGCCUGGAUAUCCAGUCACGAGGUUUCGGAUCUUUGUGUCCUGGCGGAAUUUGGAAUGAUCAGGCCCUUUGCCUGGUUGGGAAAUUGUAAUGCAGAGAAGUCUGAAUGAAUGCUCAAUGACCUCACUCGUUUGGUCAAACUGCUCUUUACCGCAUACGAGCCCGAGUCAGCAUCGUUGGAAGGAGGGUAUUGAUUUGCCAGCGUGUAGGUAUCAAAAAGAAUUAGUAAGUCCAGUUUCAUUCACUUUGUCAGCUAUAGACAUAAACCCAAGCCAGAUACUUGCAGCAUCAUUUAGUGUGGGGGUUAUUUCUAAAGGACUUGUUAUGCACUGUAAAAGCUCGGCUGUUGACAUGCUGUCUUGGAAAAAGCAUCUAAUAUUUAUAGUGUCAUUUGUUCCGAGGUAAGGAGAGUUGACUGGUGAAAAAAAUACCCCCCACAUUUUAAUUACUUUUUAUUUGCUCAUCUUCCAUUCCCAACCAGAAGGACCCCUGUUUUGGUCAAGAUGGACGGGAAAAAUGUCUCUUUAAUUGUCAUUUUAAGCUCUCGAGUCUGCGUCGGCAUUCUUUUCGACUGAAAAAUGUAGCCUACUGAGUAUUUUCAUUUGCAACGAGAGCUCUGACUUCGGCUCUGUCAUUUCUCACAUCAUCUAAUCCAACAAGUGAAAGUUAGUUAGUUGUCAGCUAGUAAGUACAAUUUAAUGAACGAUCAUCUCAUGGUAACGGUUUCACUUUCCAGAGAACACGGGAAUCUGAAUUGUAGACAAAUCAAAGCAAUGGCAGAAACUUUGGUCUAUUGAUACAAAGCUUUGACACUUGGUCGCUCAAGUUUAACUACGAUUUGGAUGUUGACAUUAAAAUUUAGAGCGAAAUCGAUAAGACAACUUACAGUUGAAUUUGCCUUGGUCAAAAAUAUGCACUAAGACUGGUCGAUUUAGGCGUACUGCCCUCGACCACUGCGUUCUCGUCUUUUUGUAGGAAAUGUUAGUGAAAUUCAAGACAGCGGUCGCUUAUUACCUGCGAUGCGCACUUGCGAUACCAAACAACCCAUUUGACCAACUAAGUGGAAAAUUAUCUUUACAAAGCGGGACGUCCGGUAGACAGCUUUACAAGUAAUCAAGUAUAAAACUCCCUGACUAUUCCGACAGAAGGCGAAAAAUACCACUGAACUACAGUAAGUGAGCUAGCUCGUGAAAUCUCAACAGAAAUUACGAAACGCGUUUUCGUUUCGAAAAGAUUAAUUAAGUUGGGUUGAAGAACCAAUCAGCUUGCAGCAUAAAUUUAUAAAAACUCAGUUGUCGCAGGACGUUGGCUUUUAAGUAAACGGCUUGUGCCGAGGCACCAGACUAUCUUGCCUUUCCCUGCUUGUUCCUCAUUCUUGAACUUACUGGUUGUUUAACUAAAUGGAAGGAACACAACGCUAUGCGACGCGCCUCGCAUGUGUUGGAUUGUCAGGUCGUUUGACUUCUGAUUGUUAAUUCUUUCAUAACUCUGGUCUUAUCCUGAUAUUCAUAGUCUGGGACUGUCGGUUCUGCCUUUAACGCUCUCGACAGUGGUGACCUUUUGACGUUCGCGCUUAUACCUUUAAUUUGUUGACUUUCUACCAUCAUGAUCUCUACGAAUUCCAACGAUGCCAAUACUUCACUCAUCGGACUUGUUUCUUCUCUCCCAGACUUUUGGCAACAUGCACCAGAGCUUUAUUUUUUCUGUAUUGAGGCGACUUUUCACUCCGCCAAGAUAACGCGUGAAACCGACAAGUAUUAGGAAUUGGUCGUGGCCCUUCCUCCCACCAUUUAUUCUCAAGUGCAGACGGUUUUGAGAGAUCCUCCGAAUGAUGCUCCGUACACCAAGUUAAAGGCUGAACUUCUUCGCCUGACGUCAAUCCCCGAUCGGCAGCGUUGUCACGCGCUAGUAAAAGCGGAGGCCUUAGGUGAUCGCAAGCCGUCGGAACUCUUGCGUCGUAUGCGUUCUCUGGUUGGGAACAUGAAAAUCGACGACAAUUUCUUUAAAGAGAUGUUUUUAGAACGUCUGCCGACGUCAGGACAAGCAAUCUUGGCCUCUGGCUCCGACGACCUAGACAUAUCAAAGUUAGCGGAGAUGGCUGACCGAAUGAUGGCGGUUGAGCGUUUGUCAUCCCCGACCAUUGCUCAGGUGUCCCAGCCUCUCAGCGUGUUCACCUCUGAAUUGACUGAACUAAAGACACAGAUUGCCCAGUUGUCAGCGACUUUUGCCGCUUUGCAGCUGCGCCGAUUCCCCGGUCCCUCUCGACGUUUUUUCGGCCGUGACCGUCGUCGUUCCCGCUCUCGCCCCAGGACCGCCAAUCUAUGUUGGUAUCAUGUCAACUAUGGCGAUAAGGCGCGGCGCUGUGUCCCACCCUGCUCCUUCAAGUCCACGCAGGGAAACUCCUCGGCCGGAGAGUAAAUGCGGCCGAGUGGCAGACAUUUUUUAGUCGACACUGGCGGUCAAAUUAGUGUUAUCCCUCCCAGGCCAGCCGACCGACGUUACCCAAACCAUGGUCUUCACCCCCAAGCUUUCAACUGUUCCCCCAUUCCCACUUUCGGCAGUCGGUCCCUCACCCUGAACACUGGUCUUCGUCGGUCAUUCACUUGGAUCUUUGUGAUUGCUGAUGUCCCUCAUGGAAUCCUCGGCCCGGACUUUCUUGCCAAGUUCGAUCCCCUUGUUGACUACCGACGUGCCCGUCUCCUCGACCGCACAACCGGUCUGUUUCUUCGUGGACUAACUCCCUUUACUACCCCCGCCAACUUAUCUGUCUUGGAUACGGAUAUUGUUAGCCCCUUUCGGCAACUGCUUCUUUGUCACCCCAACAUAAUUAAUCCCCUGUUUUGCAAUGGUGAGGUUCAACAUGAUGUUGUGCACCAUAUCCGCACCUCGGGUCCUUCCGUGUUUGCUCUCCCGAGACGAUUAGCAUCGGAGCGUUUUCACGCCGCGAAGGCGGAGUUUGAACACAUGCUGCAACUGGGAAUAAUUCGACCGUCCGAGAGCCCUUGGGCGUCGCCACUGCACAUGAUGCCCAAGGCGACAUCAGGCGACUGGAGACCCUGUGGCGACUAUCGUGCCCCCAACAACGCUACCAUUCCUGAUCGGUACCCCGUGCCUCAUCUUCAGGACUUUGCUGGAGCCCGUUCAGUACAGCGUACUGGUUAUUGUGCAGUUUUAACAUAUAAGGCAUUUACAGACAACUUUAUACCAGUAACAUAUGCUUUCUGUACGUAAUUACUUACCUUUGACACUUGCCUUACACAUUGUUUUUGUGACUUUUCCCUCAAUAAAUCUUAUCUGCUCUGAUCUGAGUUUAUGUUUCGGUUGUUUGCUGACUCUGACUUACUGCCGGCAACCAAGCCCAAUACCCCACAUCGGUAGUUCUCCCAAGGUACAGAAAUAUGUCGCUUACGACACCCCGAUUGACAUUAGACGGUGUUGCAUAAGCUGGAGCAAGGUGAGUUGUAAUCAACGGCCCUGAGAACACUGAUUACAUCGGUUACGCGCGGAUAAAUCCGCUGACGCAUCUAUCGACUACAAAAGUAUGGUAGAGGACUGACAACUGAGCAAACGUGGAAGGAGACCACACGAGGGACGACCGAGUAAUGAGGACCUACCCUGACUCUAAACAUACGUGCGGUGUCCUACCAAUUGUAACCACCUCCAGUAACAAGAGACAAGAAAACAAAAUGCAUUUCCACGGUCCUUGAAAUAUCUUCAAUGCCGAAAGGGGUUUCAUUUGAAUUUGUUUAUGGGAGAGUCCAUUUUUUUAAAAAAAAGAGAAUAAAGCGAACGCUAUUUUGCAGAGGAACGUUGAGAUAGGCCAGGAUCUGCCGACAGUAGCGAUCAAAUGAUUAAUUAUUCGGCAUCUGUACGCAGCUGAGAUGCAGCAUCCGUCUGACGGGGACCUGUAAAUGUUCAAUAAAUAAGAAUUUAGCAAAACGCAUUCUGGAAGUCUUAAUUUAAUUUCGAAAAUAAGAGAUAAAAAUGGACGCUGCUCAUUUGCGAAUGGGUGUAGUUAAAACCAUGCCUAUCCUUGGGAGUUUUUUCUGCGAAAAAAAGCUGCAGAGAUCACCUAGUGUAUGCACAAAUCUACUUUAGUUAUUUUCGGUAGUUGACUAAAAACAGGCUGAACUGAACUGCAGGCAAUAAUAUUGAUUAUGUUAGAGGGGCGCUCGCCGACCGUUCUUACGGAACUCACUCGUUCCGUUGUGCCAUACGGGCUCUCUCUCGAGCCCAACCAGCAGUCGCACAGCGGCGCAUGAUAUAGGCGGAAUGUUUUUACCGAAAAGGACAAGGGAGACUGUUCCGCACUUCGGGCUGACAACGGAAAGUAAGCCAGAAAUGUCCAUUCCAGUCCCCCUUGUCUUUGUCAGUAAUAACAUACGGCCUAUAUCAUGGGACGCUGUGCGGCUGCUGUUUGGGCUUAAGAGAUAGCCCGUAAGGCACGACGGAACGAGUUAGUACCGUAAGAACGAGCAGUGAGCGCCCCCUACCAUUGUGUCUUCCCGAUCAAAACCGACAGGGCAACGGGCUCGUGGCCCAGUGGUAAGAGACCUUUGAAUUUUAACUAACAGGUCACGAGUGCGAGCCGCAAUUGUUCCGCACUUCGCGGUUGGGUAUGACUGGCUGACGACGGCUAAUAAGUCAGAAAUGGCCAUUCCAGUCUCCCUUGUAUUUGUCAGUAAUAACAUUCUGUCAAUAUUGCUUAUGCUUUUAGUAGCGUCACUUCAUUUCACUAUGAUCACGGAUAACUAAGGCUGUGAUAUAAGUAAUACUCUUACAAGCACAAUUCACGCAAGAAAUUCGGCUCAAUAAUGAUCCAACCAUUCUGCCCAGGAACCGGUGGUUCGGUCAGUCAUCGACGUCCACACCAUCAACUUCUUGUCGCUAAAAGGCUAUGAUUGUGCUAAGGCCGGUAGUUCCAAUAUGGACGAUGAAGCUGUGAGUCGGCUCGUCGCACAUAAGUAACACAUAGCAAACGCGAAAACACUCCCUGACGGUGUGCUCUGCGAAAUCGUCCACAAAAAUCGGUGCAGCAAUAGUGCCACCUGUUCUUAGAAUUUUACAAAAUUGUGGAAAGGUUCCCUUGUGCCUAUUUUACCUAAUCUCCCUGCAAAUAAGAACGCCAACACAGUGCAAGCUACUUCUUAUUUAGACGCUUCUGGGUCUGCUGACCUGUAUGACAAGCAGUAUAUGACUUAACUCAUUCAUGGCGAUGGCGGCGACUGAUUUGAUGUUUUUCAGGCCUCUGAAACAUUGCGCAUUUUGCUCAUUUGUCCGGUCGCCCUCGAGCACAAGCGUUUAUAAAUUUAAGCAGCAAUCUGCGUUAACAUAUAUUCGGGUAACUUCACAUAUUUAUAGCUGACCUAGAUUUAGUACGCACAUCCGAGCGGUUUUUCUUUGAGAGGAGGGUAGCCUUACGUUGAAAGUUUUUUCAAACGAAAUUUUUCCCAUUUGCCAAUUAAUUUUCGGCUGGGAAAAACCAUGAACAAUUGGUUGCAAACGCAAAAAAUCCAAUCGUUUUAUCGAUUUUUAAGUCUCUUUUACAAAUCUGAGUGAUUUCAUGCCCUAAAAUUCAGUAAUAAUACGUGCAAGUAAUCGUGUGUUUAAAUAUGCCAGACACGAAUGCCUUAUGGAGUGACCGCAAAAAUAACCUCCAUUGGGAGUGGAGGUUAUGCUAAGAUUCGAGCUAUUCUUGAGGCUACGGCUGUCAGGCUUGGGUUGCGUCUCAGAUUUGGGAUUGGAGCAAGUGUUGGAGCUCAGAGUUUGGAUCUGCGAUUAAGAGUUAGGGUUAGAGCUAGGGUUUCAUGGUUAGAGUUAAGGUUGUGGUUUUCAGGCUUCCGUUAAGGCUACGGUUGGGAUCGAGUUUUCCCCAAAAGCUUAAGGGAUAAUGAUUAGGGUUACCCAUUAAAGGCAUAACCACGGUUGGUGUUGGGGUACUAAUACAUUUCAUUUCUUUAAGGGGAUUACUCACACUUCCCCUUCCCGCACUACUGUGAAACGAGACACAUUAAUUGGAGUCUUUAUGGACAUAACUAAAGCAUUAAUCGAAUACGCUCAGUGAUAACGAGUACGUCAUUUAGCAAUGUGCAAACAAUUAGACCUAAUCGCUUGAAAGAAGUCGGAAUAACCAUUUUUCAUUUCGGUAGAGCCUACUUCCCUGAACGGUUUGUAAUUGCAAAAUACGUAAGUCUAAAAGAAUUCAGAUUACAUUCAGGAAUUCAAAGAGCGUUAUUGAUGACUAGUAAUUAGCAAGAGAUAAAUAUGUCUUAAUCGAAUGAACUUUUACUUAUGCUCUUCUUCAUUCGUGAGGAGAUCGUGUUGGCUGGCACAUUCAUUUGAGUACACACUCGACGCGCAUCAAACUUCCCAAUUACCAACCACACAUGCACCCACAUGACCAGUCGACAAACUUGAAUGCAACUACGCUACUCGCAGUAAAUGAGUAGACGUUAUUUUUUCAGUUUUUGACCAGCAGACAAGUGAUUGCCUUCCGCAUGCAAUUAUGCAAACAGUCUCUUCUCAACUUUCCACUUGUCGCUACUUUUUCUUAGACACUCUCUAACCGAUACGGACUUCAAAGGCGUUCGUCUAUCAUACCUUCAAUAA